AUGGGCCAAGAUAAUAGAGAUCAGCAAAUUCCUCCGAACGAUCCAAAGACCCCUCGAUGGCUCCUUGAUCUUCAUGACUGGAAGCUCAAGAGAUACGUUGAUAUCGCCAGUACAAUUGAAACAGAAGGCUAUGGUAUCGUUUCCUAUACCUGGGGUUAUAUCGCAGACCUCAAAAAACCACAGCCAGAUGAUAAACUGCCAGGCGGCCUUCUUUGGGACGUGCCAACUACUUCUGCAUUCAGUCUCGAUCCAGCGAGAGAGGUUAUGGCAAAAAUCGGCACUCGUUAUGUUUGGUGGGAUUGGAUGUGUGUUCCACAGGAGACUUUGAAUGGUCGUCGAACUAUCACUGAUAGCCUGAGAAGUGCAGGGCACGAAGAAAUCGGGAAGCAAUUGAAUAUCUACCGCAAUGCUAAGAAAAGCAUCGUGUGGCUUCAUUCAACAGACUGGAGUUUGCAAAGCCCAUUGAAAACGCUACUUCUAGCUGGAUCGAAAGACAAUGGAGCGCUACCAACCGAGCCCAAAGCAUAUUUUGAUAAAGUUGUGCAACUGCUCACUGAAUCCAGGAAAUUGGAACGAUGGUUCGUCUCGGGUUGGACGCUCCAAGAAGGUGUUCUACUCCCCGAAACUAUCCUAAUCGAUGGCGCUAGCAAUGCUCUUCAACAUGAUACAUUCAUGCACAAUGGAGGACACGCUUCGGUAAUCGACUUGACGGCCAGAGUUACUAAACUCGCUGUCGAGGUAGCCCAAUCCUUCUUGCUGCAAGCCAAUGGAAAAGAACCCCAAAAUCAGGUCGGCAUGUUGAUUGAUGAAUCGGCUCACAGGGCGGAUGAAUUUCGACAAAUCCUUCGAGCUCUGGUCACCUCUGGCCUCGUCGCGUACAGUAAGGCUUCUCCGCUGUAUAUACUCAGUGGCAAGCAGAGCCGCAAAUUCGGCAUGGAGCAGGAUUCUUGCUGGGCAUUGAUUGGUGCAAUGGAGCUUGAGGGCGUUACUGUCAACUACAACCUCCCCAUGGAUGAAAUCAAGAUGAUGUUUCUCAGAGCAUUAUUUAAGAAAUAUCAAUGGUCAAUGCUUUUGCUGCCUCAGCCUUUGUUAUCUGUGAACGAAGGGCAGUCGGCGAGCAAUUUUAAAUGGGUCAAUAUUGUGGAUGGCCUCUUGAUUCCAGUUGGAGUGUUUGUAGAUUCACAAAUAGGCUUAGCAUCCAAGAGUAUGCUACCAAGCAUUGCACUUGACAACGCAAUGACGGUGACUGUUCAGCCACCAAAAACAAGCCAAACAUUCACCUUGUGGAAGAAUUUGGAUAUCAAAUGGUAUCUACAUUACGUCCAGACAGAAGCAGGAGUUGAGAUUCGUUCACUAGCAUCAAAGACAAGCCCCACACCGCGUAUCUCUGACGCGGUCUUCCUGAAGCUGGAGGAUCUCGGCAAGAACGACAAGGCUGCUGCUGAAUCUACCGGUAUGAGAUGUGCUGCUAUUAUGGAGUUUGGGACAUCACAAGUCAAAGAGUCUGCCGGCGUAUUCGGCGGAAUCGUGGAUCUUUGGUUUGUAGGAGGAAGCAAAGUUGAGGUUCCAAGUUUGAAGCUCCAUUCGUCGGCACACUGA